AUGGAAGGAUCAAGUACCCCUGCUAACGGGAAGCAGGAGACCACCUCCAUACUAGUCUCCUCAGGAAACUCAAACGCACAUCCCACCAAGUCCGCCCGAGUAGCCACCGUUGUGCAGGUCAGUGCGGCGGACGGGGACUCGAGCGGUGCAGAGGACGAGGCACAGGAGGAGGCGAGAGUGGACGACUCGGCGAUCCUCGAGGACCUGCCGGACGACACGGAGGAGAUAGACCUGGUGCAUGCUCGGAUCCACUCUAUCAGCGCGCUGGGUCUUCCGCGGUUCGGCGCACAUCUGAAGAAGCUGUGUCUGCGCCAGAACUACAUUUCCGUACUGGAUCCGGAGGUGAUGAAGGCGCUCGCAGGGCUGGAAGAACUGGAUUUGUAUGAUAACAAGGUGAAGACGGUCGACGAGGCGUUGAGCGGGCUGAGCAAGCUUACCGUGUUAGACCUCUCCUUCAAUCUCUUGCGACGCGUUCCAGAUACCCUCCACUAUUUACGUGCUCUGGACACCGUCUAUUUUGUCCAGAACAAGAUAUCGCAAAUAUCCGGCCUUGACAGCGUCGGAACAACGCUGCGAAGCCUUGAGCUCGGCGGGAACAGACUGCGCAGAAUAGAAAAUUUGGAUGCACUGGUAAACCUUCAAGAAUUAUGGCUGGGAAAGAACAAGAUUGUGAAGCUCGAGAACCUGGGAUCGCUCAAACGCUUGAAGAUCUUGUCGAUACAGUCGAAUCGUAUCACAAAGUUGGAAGGCCUGGAGGGGUUAGACGAUCUAGAAGAGCUGUAUCUCAGCCAUAACGGCAUCGAGCGGCUAGAAGGCCUCGAAAAGAAUACCAAAUUGCGCGUGCUGGACGUUGGAAACAACUUUGUGAAAGCGCUCGAGAACCUGUCCCACUCUACAACGCUGGGAGAGCUAUGGAUCAACGACAAUCGCAUAGACACCCUCGACACCCUCGAACCCCAGUUGAAGCACGUUGAAACCCUGAGGACGAUCUAUCUGGAGAGGAAUCCAGUUCAGGCGUCGGAAGGAGUUAACUAUCGCAGGAAGGUGAUGCUCGCGCUGCCACAAGUGGAGCAACUCGAUGCUACAUACGUACGGCAGGUUGAUCGUGUCGUAGACUGA